AUGGCAACAACAUCAACAACAGCAUCUUCAACAACGACAACAACAUCGUCGUCGUCAUCCAAUAUAUUAAAUGAUCAAUUAAACAUUGUCAAAGAUUGUAAUUAUAGAUUGAUAAAUAGUAUAAAGGCUACGGAAUCGAUUCAGAUGGCAAAGGAUUCAAUCAACGUUGACCAGCCAGAUAAAGGUUUCGAACAUUGUCUCAGAAAGAUAAAGAGAUUGGUCUAUUUUGUAUCGUUGGAGGUUGAAGAGUUACUUCAAGUACUCGCCAUCUUGGACAGUCUCCAAAUCACAGGUCACCUCAAACACAACAGACGUGCCAGAAAAGAAAGAAAAAGACUUAGACAACAACAAAAGAAAUCUGGUAUAGAACAUCCAACAACAACAACAACAGAACAACAUAAAAAAGAAUCAGAGACGACUAAUAUAAAUAUUUGGAUUUAUUUAUUGGCAACUAAAUUAUCUGAAUUGAAUAAUAAUGAUGACGAUGAUUCAUAUGAUUCUUCAGAUGAUUCUGAAUCUUCAUCUGACUCAUCAUCUGAUGAAGAAGAAGAUGCUAGAUAUGGUCCACACAAGUUAAGAAAAUUCAGAAAGCUUACACAAAACAAGAUCAUUGAUUUGAUCAACUACUUGGAACUACUUCACAACCAAUUGUUGGAUAUCAACAGCAAGGUGGAGAAUAAACAAAACAUGUACAUUAACGUGCCAUAUGAUAUGGCUAUUCGUGACAGUUUUGAGCAAUCGCAUAGACCGCCAAUGGACAGAAACACUGACGCAUCCUCCUCCACCUCAUCCCCCUCCUCCACCUCCUCCUCCACCUCAUCACCCAACAGACACCCAGGACAUGCUCACCACCAACACCAACAUGCUACACGUCCCGGACACACAUCUAAUCUCAGUCCAGCCAAUCACGAGAGAUGUUGCUCACCUCUACUCAACAGUAGAUUCAAAGAACUAAACAUUGACAAGCCAAUUGACUUUAGUGAAAUCGAUUCAUUGCAACUCAGUACCGAAGACAUUAAAGAACUUCAUGACGUUCUUCGUGCCAGUGGAAAUCACAAUCUAGUCAUUCAAUCACCAAAAGAAUUACUUCAAAAAUAUCUUUCCACUUAUAGAUUUAGACCAAAACUUCCAAUGGAAGGAAUACUCGAGACAAUGAAUUUAAUAAUUGUUGAUACAAAUAGUAUCUAUUUAACAACUACAUUAUGGGCGACUAUUAUAAUAUCAAUCAUUUAUAUCAUAUUAUAUCCAUAUGAUAGUUUAAAACUUUUAUCAAGAGCAAGAAAUUUGAUAAAAUUAUUUCCAGUAUUAUUAAAAUAUAGACAUAAGAUUUUACCAAAUUUUAGAACCUUUAUUUAUUAUAGAGAUCCACUUUUGGAUAGAUAUCCACAAUUGGAAAAGAGAUUGCCAAUGUUGAUGGAUAAUAUCGAUAUAUUGGCACCACAUAUGGAUGUAUUAUUGGUUAAUUUCGAAAAGAUUGAACCUCACAUGGAUCUAUUACUACAAAACCUUCCAAAACUAUCGAAUCAUUUUGGAUUGUUAAUGGCACAUAUCGACGUUUUAAUGCCAAAUAUAUCAGUGGUCGCUGCCAACAUUGAAAAGUUGACACCCUAUCUAAAUGAUAUUGUACCCUAUAUCGAUUAUUUGGCACCACAAGCAUCGAUUCUAGCACCUCAUAUUGACAUGCUACUACCAAAAUGUCGUUCUCUAAUGCCAUAUGUACCAAAAUUGGUACCAGAACUGCCAAGACUACUUCCACACAUGUACCUUUUACUUCCAUACACUGACCAUCUUAUACCUUAUAUCGACCAACUAUUACCACACGUUGAUAUGCUUUUGCCACGACUAGCCGAACUCCAACCAUUUCUACCACAAAUAAUGACAGAUAUGGAUAUUAUCAUGCAACACAUCAAUAUCAUUCUCGCCAACAUGAACUCGAUCAUUCCUCACGCUCGUUUGAUUAUACCCAAAGUCAAACAAAUAUCACCAUACAUUCCACUGUUGGCGCCACAUCUCCAAGUACUUUCACCUCACAUUGACCUUUUACUGGUCCAUGGUGACGAUCUCAUCCCCUAUAUUCCAAUUCUCGAGCCUCACAUUAACGAAAUUUUGCCAUACAUCAAGAUCCUCAUCCCUCACGCCAAACAACUCUUGCCAUACGCACAUAUACUCGCACCACGAUGCAAAAUACUACUACCUUAUUCACCAAAGUUGAUACCCUAUCUCGACCAGUUGUUGCCACACUCGGCCCUAUUAAUGUUUCACAGUCAUCGUCUCAUCCCACUCAUCAACAAGCUCUACCCAUACAUUCCAGUGUUGAUGCCCCACUUUACUCUACUGUCUGGCCACAUUGACGAACUACUCGAUUCACAAGCCAGUCUCAUUCCCUACAUUGAUCAACUCGUCCCCAAUAUCCACUUGCUCCUCCCAUACACAUCAAUGCUAUUGCCUCACAUUAAAAAGCUCAGUCCUUUUAUUGGAGUAUUGAUGCCCUAUGCCGGAGCACUCUUGCCACACUGUAAAUACCUCCUCCCUCACAUUGAUGCAUUGGCAGCACAUAUGCAUCAAAUUUCACCAUACCUACCUGCUCUUUUACCUCAUCUCGGUACUCUGGUCUAUCACAUCGACGUCAUUAUCCCACAACUCGACUAUCUCGCACCGUACCUUGAAUUCCUCGUACCCCACAUGGAAGAGGUACUACCCAACCUUCCAAAGUUAUUGGAUCGUACCAAAUCAAUCCUACCAUUUAUCCAUCAAUUCAUUCCAUAUGGUGCAUCAAUGAUUCCUGCCUUGUCCAAAAUAACAGGUGUCUUGCCUGACCGAACCACCUCGACCAAAGAUUCACCAUCAAUGGGUGGUAUUUUAUAUGGAGCAAGAAGACAAUCAAAUGAUUAUUCAUCUAUAAGAUCACCAACAAGUAAAACUGUUCAAUUGACAGAUGAUAUUUUGAAUCAUGAUAAUAAUAACAAAACAACUACAACAACCAUAAAGAAAGAAAUGUCAGCCAAAUCUUCUUCUCUUGGAGGUGGUGGUAGUCUUGGAAGUAAACAUCAUCACUUUUUUGAUCAUCGUAACAAAACUUCACCUGCCGUUGUUGAUCCAAUUGUUUCAACCACUACAACCAUAACAACACAUGAAAAAGUUGAAAAGAAAACAUUAAAAGAUAAAAUUAAAGAUAAAUUCCUACUAAAGAAAAGAGAUGAAGAUGUUGGAGACUAUGGUGAUGAUUUAAAUGAAAUUACUCUUGGUAUGGGUGCUCCAAAAACCAAAUAA